UCUGCAGUUAAUCCGACAGGGAUUGAAGCGUCGGAGUAUAGAAAGAGCAGCGGAGGGGAAUGACCGAUUUUCUAGCAGUAACUGUCCAAAGUACGACUUUUUACAAUGCAAAUGGACACACGGAAGCAGUAAAACGAUAGAGUAGAAGCUGUGUGACAUGAGAGACAAACUUUAGAGGUGAGUUUUUGCGGGAGACGCCGAGGUGUUGACGGGGCAGUCCGUAGACGACUGACUCAACAUGGAUGUUCGGGGAGCAACGGUGCGACUUUGAGGGGGAAUUAAGGCCGUUUCUGGGUUAUUUCUAGCCGCAGAGUGUCUCCGACGGAGCUGAGGAGGAUUUAAAAGCAGCAACUAACUUACCAGGCAAGUUCAUCAGUGAGUUGUUGCGGCUAACCGUUAGCAGAGAUGUUAAGGCUGUGGAGGCGAGACGUGCCGCUCUCAGAGAGGCUGGGGGAGGACUCUCCUCUUGUCGCGGCUCCUGGUCCCCCACCCACAGCAGCUCCGAUGGGGCCCAAUAUUUCAUGGCUCCCUGAAGCCCCGCUGCUGGGCCCCGACCAACCCAUCUUCCUGAUGACUCCAGCAGCGCAGGCUGUGUCUGGCUUCUUUGUCUGGACUGCACUCAUCCUCACCUGCCACCAGAUCUACAUGCAUCUGCGGUUCUACAGCUCACCCAGGGAGCAGCGUCACAUCGUGCGGAUCCUCUUCAUCGUUCCUAUCUAUGCUUUUGAUUCCUGGCUCAGCCUCCUCUUCUUCACCAAUGAUCAGUACUAUGUGUACUUUGACACAGUCAGAGACUGCUAUGAGGCAUUUGUUAUUUACAACUUCCUGAGUCUGUGCUACGAGUACCUGGGAGGAGAGAGCGCCAUCAUGGCUGAGAUCCGAGGGAAACCCAUAGAGUCCAGCUGUAUGUACGGCACCUGCUGUCUGAGAGGAAAGGCCUACUCCAUCGGCUUCCUGCGAUUUUGCAAGCAGGCCACUCUGCAGUUCUGUGUGGUCAAGCCGCUCAUGGCCGUCAUCACCGUUAUCCUGCAGGCCUACGGCAAAUACAAGGACGGAGACUUCAACGUUGCCAGCGGUUACCUGUACGUGACCAUCAUCUACAACAUCUCGGUCAGCUUGUCUCUGUAUGCCCUGUUCCUCUUCUACUUCGCCACCAGGGAGCUGCUCAGCCCUUACAGCCCCAUGCUCAAGUUCUUCAUGGUCAAGUCGGUCAUCUUCCUCUCCUUCUGGCAGGGCAUGCUGCUGGCCAUCCUGGAGAAGUGUGGGGCCAUUCCUCAGAUCAACUCAGUGGAGGUUUCUGUCGGCGAGGGCACGGUCGCUGCCGGUUACCAGAACUUUAUCAUUUGCAUCGAGAUGUUUUUUGCAGCGCUGGCUCUGCGACACGCUUUCACAUACAGAGUCUACAUGGAUAAAAGUCUAGAUUCGCACGGACCUGUUCCUACAUAUGGAGAGUUUGGCCGCCGUGCCCCGAUGAAGAGCAUCUCCAGCAGCCUGAAGGAAACGAUGAACCCGGGCGACAUGGUCCAGGACGCCAUCCACAACUUCUCCCCGGCCUACCAGCAGUACACCCAGCAGUCCACGCUGGAGCAGGGGGCGCCACCGCCCGUCUCCCGCACACACAGUACCGUCAGCGGCCGCGGUGACACUGAGAAAACCCUCCUGCUCAGCUCAGACGACGAAUUCUAAAGUCGUCAAAACGGGGCCCUCCUCUUACCACAGCUGAAUCUUGUUCAGACUGAUGUCUUCAUGGCGGGCGCUUCUUAAUCCUUCUGCGCAGCCGAUCCUCUUCAACGUGUGAAUGAUUAGAAAGUCGUGCGUUUGUUUUUGGGACUCAUCGUGAAUGCUGAGGCCUUCCUGCAUCGACAUUUCCCAGGCGUCUUAUUUGGUUGGAACACUUGAAGCUGAUUUGGUGUUAAACUUGGAAAGUUUGUGAGUCACAGUUGUACAUGAUGAAUCAUACUUGACAUUUGGAACAAAAGUUUUCUGGCUCGGGUUGAAGCUUAAUUUGAAGUUUCAGCUCAGUCAUGUUUCCUUCGCCCAAAUGUGUCUCCCAGUGCAAUCAUCGUCAUUAAUGUUCUGUUUUAUCUUCUGGUUCUGUUUUGGUUUGGGUUUUGAAAGCUGUGUGGGGAUGUAUUUAAAGGGAAACCAUGUCAGAAACACGUGUUAAUGUCAACUGCGUGGAUCAAUGUUGUUAUUGAUAUUGAUGUUAGAGAUAAGAGGCAGGCAGAGCAGCUUAUAGAUUAAACAUUACAUCUGCUCCAGUGAAGGGCAGCAGCAGAGCUGGUCUGGAUUACACUGGUGUAAUUGGGGCGUUAUUGGAACGGCUGGGAUUAAAGCUCAGAUAGUAGAACUCCGCAGGCCACAAUGUAGGUUAAAUGGAUUGAGGGAAGAACAAAACAGCAGAGGAAUAUAGGUUACGUCCAAUUUUAGAUGUCUGCCCUCAUUAAUGGAACUUCACUGGAGUUAAACCUUUCCACUGUUAGUAAACACGUUCUUCCAAAUGUUAAAGCUAGAUGUAGUAAAGGUGGUCAAAUAUUUCAAUUCUGCUGUUAACUCCAGAUUGUGUACCAUGUUUGAUUUGUUUUUUUCUGUGGAAGUGGCAUUUUAAGUUUCAUGGGUUCUGAUACAGUAACAAGUAGCUCUGAGUUUGCAGUGCGAGUGGUGGAAGGAGUAACUAAAGCAACGCUACAAUCCCCAGCUGGACGACUGUCUGUGUGGCUGUGGGAAUUGUAGUCAUUUAAUGAUAUGUUUUAGUGCCUGCCUACGCUGAUGUUGGACCAAUCGAAUUACACCAACAUUUCACAACCCCUGGAGAUCACAUGCAAAGUGAUUUUUGCUUGACAAAAAUGACUUUAAAUUGGCGGGAUGUCACAACCUGAUGACUUAAGAGUGUUUUCUGCACCUUCAGUUGGUUAAAAAUCUAAUAUUCAGAACAUUUUUUUGUUUGUGAAGAUCUCCGGUUUCACUACAUUUUUGCACACGUUUUUUUAUCCUGAACUCUAAACUGUAUAUUAUCCAAAUAAUAUGGAAAAACAUCAGUCAUUAUUCUCUCUUAAAUACAUGCAAUGCAUUAACUUGUUGUGUUUCUUUGAGUUGGACUUUUUCUCUGCUUCCAGUCAGUCUUUUUUUUUGUUUGUUUGUUUGGUUGAAUUUCACCGCAGUCGGAGCUGGUUAUUUUUUACUCAUAAUUGGAGUUCUUGACUCAUCUGAAUGAGUCAUAACUGAAUCUGCCAACGUGUUUACUUGCAACUACUUUCACUUUACUUUGCUGUAGCUCCGUAUGAACACCAGGGGGCCAUACGGAGGUGAUAGAAAAAAUACUUAGAACUUAUCCCCAAGCACACAGUUCUCACACAUUUAGACCUUGGUGCACAGAAAACAACACUUUGUCUUAGUCGCAUUUUAUUUUACUGUCUGUGUGUUUUCAUCAGGAAAUGGCAGCCUCAGACAGUGGUUGUAAUUUCUGCUUCUGCCUGACAUAAUAUUACUUUUAAAUAGGAGAGAAGCCACGUCUGUGCUCAGGAGCAGCGGCCUAUUUUUAGACGUUUUGCAAACCGGAUUAUUUUUAGUGAUGAUGAAACCGAGGCAACCUUUUUGUUGCAUUGCAGCUCCUACAUUCAGGUUUCCUUGCCUGAUAUUACCAUUUAAAAGCUAAGUAUGCCGCACUUUGAACGCCAUAAUUCACUCAUGCACUCUUCAUUCUCUCCCUCUCUGCAGCGACGUUCUUUGUGAGUUGUGUGAAUAUCUGUGAGACUAAUGUUGUACAGUUUUAAGUGCUUUCUGCAGGAGGAAGAGUAGCCGUGUGUGGGAAUAGUCGUAUAUGCUGUAAAAGGCUGAGCAGAGGAGAAACAAAGAUCUAGUUUUUUAUUUUUAUUUCAAUAACCAUUUUGGUUUCUAGUUCUUUGUAUAUUUGAAAGCUGCUCACGAUGCUACUAUUUCAUGUCAAAUGGAUAAAGAUUUGAGUAAAAAAUAAAAGAUAUUUAGUCUGUAUUUAAGUUAA